AAGCAACCAGCAUUACCCACAAUCGAUUCAAAAUGCCGGUUGGUGCUGCCACCACUCAGGCUCCAAAAACCUUUGAGCACUUGAAGAACUUGUUGGAAAAUGACAUCAAGGUCAAAGUCGCAGGGUUUGACGUUGACGGCGUCCUGAGGGGCAAAUUCAUGUCAAAGGAGAAGUUUCUGAGCGCAGCUUCUUCUGAUGGGUUUGGCUUCUGUAGCGUCAUUUUCGGAUGGGAUCUACACGAUGCCGUCUAUUCUCGUGAACUGCUCAUAUCGAAUAGAGCAAAUGGUUACCGCGAUAUUCUGGCAUCGAUAGAUCUAUCGACGUUUAGAAGAAUUCCUUGGGAAAACAAUGUUCCAUUCUUCCUGAUUUCAUUCCUGGACCCCGACUCGAGAGAGCCUCUUAGCGUAUGCCCGCGGAGUGUCCUGAAACGGACAGCAGAGAAGGCUGAAAAGAGCGGAUUGUCAUGUUAUGCAGGCGUUGAGUAUGAGUACUUCCAAUUUAAGGAAUCGCCACACAGCCUUGCCGAGAAGAAAUAUCAGAACUUGACCCCCCUCACGCCUGGAAUGCAUGGAUACUCCCUCCUGCGUACUCAAUUAAACAGAGACUACUUUGACGGCCUUUUCGAUAAAAGUCACGAAUUCGAAAUUGACAUUGAAGGGCAUCAUACUGAGACUGGCCCUGGUGUUUUUGAAACUGCAUUAGCGUACACUACAGCUCCGCGGAUGGCCGACAAUGCGUUGCUCUUCAAGUAUUUAGCUAAGAGCAUAGGCAUACAACAUGGUAUUGUGCCAAGCUUCAUGGCUAAACCGUGGGGAAACCUUCCAGGUUGCAGCGGGCAUAUACACGUGUCGCUGCGCGAUGCAACGGGCUUUAACAUCUUCGCCGUUAGCGAUUCUGAACUCAAGACUGGUAGAGAAGGAGCAUCAUACGACGAGUUGAAGUACCUGAGCCAGGCUGGCGAAUGGUUCUUGGCAGGUGUCCUAGAUGGUUUGCCGGACAUCAUGCCCCUGCUCGUUCCCACUAUCAAUGGUUACAAACGUCUCAUUGGCGGUGAAGCCUUCUGGGCUCCCAACGCUGUCACGUAUGGCUAUGACUCCCGCGCAGCUUCUGUCCGUCUCAUCUCUCCUCCAUCUGUACCUCCCGCGGCUACACGUCUUGAAGUCCGUGUACCCGGAGCAGACAUGAACGCGUUCUUUGCUUUGAGCGCAAUCUUCCAAUUAGGGAUGAGAGGAAUGGAGAAGAAGCUAGCUUUACCCGUCGCCCCUCUCUCGCAGCUCACUCCGGAGGAUAAGAGGAAUGGGACGGUCAAAAUGCUGCCGAUUUCUCUGGAGGCUGCGACGCAGAGAAUGAUGCAGCCAAGCAGCAUCGCUCGGGAAGUUUUCGGGAACGAUUUUGUGGAACAUUUCGGGGGAACACGAGAACAUGAAGUGAAGCUAUGGAACGAGGCGGUCACGAGCUGGGAAGUCGAACGAUACCUUGAAUUGGCAUGAGACUCGAGUCAAGUCCAACGGGACGUCCUGUAUCUUUAUUGUACAUGCUUCCAUGCGAACCUGUUCGGUCGCAGUCACAAUCCAAUCGUGUAAGGAAUUGG